CUCUUUUAUAACUUGGCAACACUGGCUUUGGAAAGUCACAUAAUUGACAAAUGGCUGUGCUUCUAUGCUAUCUGUCACUUUCCGUGAGACGGGGGAAUAAACAGAAUAAACAGCGUAACUACAAUAAAAAUAGAACUUGAACUUUAAUUUAUAUUAUGGAUUCUAUUUGUAGAUUAUGUUGUUCCACAAACUUUGUUAACAAUUACUUAUUUGACGAAGAAAACGCACUGAAUCUGAAAAUGGAACUAUUUUUCCCAAUCAAGGUGACAAAAGGGGAUCAAUUGCCUCAGAAAGUUUGCAACCGAUGUAGUUGUAAAGUGAAUGACAUCUACCAGUUUUGUAAUAUAGCUAUUGAAGCACAAGAUAGGUUGCGAGGCAUGCUGUUAAAUAUUAGUACAAAUUUAAAUGACUCUAUUGAUCUAACUGUUACUAAACGUGAAAACUUACUACCAAUAAUUCCUGGAAUGAGCACAACUGACCAAGGAACACAGACUGAAAUGACAAUAAGUAAAGAAGAAGUAGACUUCGAGAGUCCAAAGGUGGAACCAAAAUCACGCUCUCCGUCACCAAUAAAAAGGGAAGAGUGCUCAUUUGAAUCUGAACAUCAUGAUCUGCCCGACAGUAUUCUCUCUGAUGACAGUGAUGAUAUGUCACUUAUUGCAUUAAAGAAAAGGAAAACAAGUAGGAAACCAAGUACGAACGGUGAUGCCCCCGUAAAAAGAGGAAGAAAGAAAAAAGGCAAACUAAAAGAACUAAUUAUGAAUGCAUUGCCUGAUACUAAUAAUGUUAGUUUACUAGAAAAACCAGAUGAUUCCAUAAAAACAGAUGUUAAAGAAGAGACCGAUUUCCUAGAGGCUCUACAAAUUCGUAAAACUACUGUGAAAGUGAAAAAGACUGUAGUAGUGAAAAAAGAGUUGAAUGAAACUGACUCAUUCCAAUGUUGCAUUUGUUUACUACAGUGUUAUUCACGCAGCGCAACCUUACAGCAUUAUAGAGAGCACGUGGCGGCGGAGCGUGUGGAGCGGCCCCCGCCCCCGCCGCGUCCCGCCGGCACCGCGCCGCGCUGCGCUCGCUGCAACAAGGCAGUAGAGGGCGGGAGUGAGGCGUGGGCGGGGCACUGGGCGCGGCACUGGGAGCGUGAUGCCCGGCCGUAUCGCUGCGCGCUCUGCGAGAAGGCAUUCCGCGACCCGCACCAGAUACUCAAGCACGGAAUGACACACAAAGCGGGCGAAGACGCGCAAGAAAAGCCGCUCAACAAGAGGUUCGUGUGCGACUUCUGCCCUGAGGGAUUCGUUUAUAUGAGGUAUUUGCUAUCUCACCGCGCGCGAGCUCACCCCGAGGUGGCGGCGCGGCCGCUGAGCCUGCGGUGCGGGGAGUGCGCGCGGGUGUUCGCGCACCUCAACUCGCUGCGGAGGCACCUGCGGGCGCACUCCGGGGAGAGGAACCAUCUGUGCAGCGUCUGCGGGAAGGCGCUCUCCAGCCGGGAGCAUCUCAAGUUCCAUCUGCGGAUACACUCCGGGUACAAGCCUAACGUCUGCAAGACAUGCGGUAAAGGUUUCGUGAAGAAGUGCAAUCUAACACUCCACGAGCGCGUGCACUCCGGCGAGAAGCCGCACGUUUGUUCCCACUGCGGGAAGGCAUUCAGUCAGCGAUCCACGCUCGUUAUACAUGAGAGGUACCACAGCGGGUCGCGGCCGUACUCCUGCGCCUUGUGCGGUCGCGGGUUCGUGGCCAAGGGCCUCCUGUCUAUGCAUCUCAAAACCACCUGCAUUUAGCCGCCCGCAUGUUUGAAGCCCUCGUUUCGCUCGCACCAGCAGUGAGUAUACUUUUUAAUACGUUACCAACUAUUUUGAUAUGUUCAAAUAUUUGUUAGUUACGUUUUUGCGAUCUUUUUAUUGAAAUGAAAAAUGAUCCUACUGUCCAAAAGUAAUGAUUGGAUAUAAGAAAUCUAAUCAAAUCAAAUAAAAAACUUAUAAUGUAUUACCAAUACCUUUGCAAAACAAUAAAUAAGUUUCAUUUUAUUACCAUAAGGUACAAGGGACAUGUUUUUAUUCAGUAUUUUUUAAGUCUUAAUCAAAAAGUAAGUGUUAAUAAAACGAAAAGAAGUAAGAACAAGCUAACUUUUCACCGCGUAAUUCACCGGUGUGAUUUGAACUGUAUUUUAAAUUCUUAUACUAAUUUUAAAUCGCACUACGGAUUCCGAAGUGGAAAGUGAGUUUGUUUACUAACAGAAUAACACUGCAGAAAUCAUUGUGUUGAUUUUAAUUUAAUAACGAACGCCUGCGUUUUUUCGUUAAUCAAAGGACAUGGAUAAGACACUGCCCUUAAUGUGUAUAAUUAUUUCGCGCUAGCCCGUAACAUCAUAAUAUUUAUAAUUUUUAUUUUUUAAGCAUGUAACUGCUUGAUGUUUAAAUCUAAAGAAAAUAUAACUAGAAAAAAAAUCUACGCGGCCCAGACAGCAGAUGGGACUCGAACCCGCACCCUUUGCUAUCCGGGCGAAUGCACUGACCAAUUAUGCUACCGCGGCCCUGAUGACCGCGUCGAAAUUCUUCUAGCCAUUCCUAAGCUGCAAGGCUGUUUCUUCUUUCAAAUGUUUAAUACUUGUAAAAGUAUUCAUUUCACGCUGCCUUGCAGCUUAAGAAUGGCUGGAAGAAUUUCGACGCGGUCAUCAGGGCCGCGGUAGCAUCAUAAUAUUUGAUUAUUAAUUAUAACGUGUUGUACAUAUAUUGUCAUACGACUGUCGUGUAAUAAAUAAUCAAAUAUUUAAAAGUAUAAAAAUUUAGUUUGUCUGUUUCAAAAAGAAAAUGCUCCGUUUUACAAAAAUAAAUAAACAAUAAAUCGACACACGAAAAUAUUUGUGUAAUUAAUUAUAUCGAAAUAAACAAUAUAAAUUCCUGAUAUAUCCAUGAUAAAUAAACUCUGAUAAACUACGAGUAUGACAUAUUAGGCCCCAAUUUAUUUAUAACAAAAUACUAAAGGCUUAAAAUAAUCGAUUUUAUUUUUCUGCUCAUACUUGAGACAAGGCUGUAUGAUAAUUAAUCCUUUGACUUUGAUAAAUAAACAAUAUAAAAUUUUACAGGUACCUGUCAGGUCAACGACAACAAAUUAUUUGUAUUUAUUUUUGCUUUAAAAAUACUUUUUGUGAAGUGUUAAUCAGAGAAAUGGAGGGAAAA